CUUCGUUUGCAAGCCCAGCCCCUCCCGCACCAACCCCGGAAUUUCCCAAACUGCCAUCGCCAGGCAUAUCUUGGCUGCUUCCACACCCUCCCGCCAGUGAUUGCACAAUCACGCUCUGGCAACAGCCGUGGAAGAAGCAAAUGCACCGCGUAGCGAAAUUAAUUCUAUCUCCUUGAUAAACAACUCUCCGAUUUGGACCCUCUGAAUCUGGGAUUCGGAGAAAAACAGGCCGCCCUCAUGGAUCCGCCUAGCUCAUGGGACGCCCUCCGGAAGCAGGCUAGAAAACUCGAAGCACAGUUGGAUGAACAAAUGCAUUUAUAUCGCAAACUUGUUUCUAUGAAAGUUGACGGUGAUAAAGAGAAAGAGAUUGAUUCUGGAAUAGAUCAACUACUCAAACAGCUUCAGCAAGUAAAUUCACAUAUGCAAGCUUGGGUAUCAUCUGGUGGGUCAGAAAUAUUUUCUCAUACAUUAACUCGCCAUCAAGAAAUCCUUCAAGAUCUUACUCAGGAGUUUUAUAGGCUUCGCUCUAGCUUUAGAGCUAAGAAGGAGCAUGCGUCAUUGCUUGAGGAUUUCAGAGAGUUUGACAGGAGUAGGCUAGACUUGGAAGAAGGUGGUGGCUCUGAGCAGGCUUUACUUAAGGAACAUGCAUCUAUCAGCAGAAGUACAGGACAGAUGGAUACUGUAAUUUCUCAAGCACAAGCAACACUUGGGGCGCUUGUCUUUCAACGCUCAACCUUUGGGGGCAUUAAUUCAAAGCUUAGCAAUGUCAGCAGCCGCCUCCCAACGGUGAAUAACAUCCUCUCGGCUAUAAAGAGGAAAAAGUCUCUGGAUACUAUCAUCCUUUCCCUUGUUGCUUCUGUCUGCACAUUUCUCAUUCUGAUCUAUUGGUUGACCAAAUAAGAAGCCUGUUUCAAUGCCUGAGGACAAGAAAAUAAAACUUAGAGAAGUAAAUGAAAACUCUUGCCCACAGCUCGUCCUCUAAAAAAGUGAGAAGAAAAACUUCAACAGGAAUAUUUCUGUUUCAACCUUGACGGUAAUGCUUGUUCUCAUUGGGAAUUACUCAAUUACUUGGUUGGAGUGAUAAAACCAAAAAAAUGUCUCAAAUUGGGGGGCAAAGUGGCUUUGGAUGCAAGUAUAGCAGAUGAAUUAACUACUUUUAUUUGAAGCAAGUAUAGCAGCCUUGUUUUGUGAUGUACACAACAUAUGAUAUUCAGCCAUGGUGGUUCUUGGAAGCAUCCCCGAUAGCCAUAAGCUCUUCAAAAAGAUGUGAUGUCUGCAUCAUAUAGAACUUUUGCCAAUGUAUGAUUGAGAGAUCAUUUUGUUAUGACUUUGAUAUCAAUCAAAAUUAUCGGAUCUUGUCUGUUAA